ACAGAUAUGUGUGUGGUUCAUAAACACAAACCUACACAACACGUUGGCCAUAUCGUGUGGGAUGUUGGUACAUAUGGCCGAUAGAUGGCCAACUGUCGUCUGUUACCAACCAUUCGCAAAGACAAGGAACCGCGCCGCGCCGUUGUGAAUCAGUCACAUUGAGCACGCCGUCGAGUACGGUUACAACAACGUGAAUCGUCAUCAACCUGUACUUAGAAUAAAUCACAUUAUUUUCUCAAGACUUUUGUGUUUUGUGUGUUUUGGUGUUUAUGUGUUGUUAAACUGACACAAGUGCACAACGUGCCCUGAUUAGUCAGAAAACAAAAGGAAUUUUUUGUUUGAAAAAAAAAAAGAGAAAUCUAAGACGCCAUGUUGCCCGAGCCGACAACGCGCUUAGAACGGAGCCACUUGAGGUUGACAUUCAACAGGAGUCUGAGCGAACCAGGCAGUACCGCUCCAUCCAGCACUAGCUCUUCCAACUCCAACAGUCAAGACCAUCACCUUCAAUUGCCAAUGAGUGACCAACGUCAGCAUCAAAAGAGACUCUACAUGCAAUUGCAGCAUCACCACAAUCAAGUUCAUUUGCAUCAGCACAGCAAGGCCUGUAGCUCUUUGGGUUCGAGUUCUCAGUCAUCAGUUUCAUCAUGCAGCACGUCGUCCUCGAUCUGUUCGAUCGACAAGGACGAAUUAGACGAAGAACAGCCCCUGCAGCCCUUAGUUUUAUUGCAACAACAGCAACAGUCACCGGCCAAACGAUGCUGUCUCGGUCUUCCGCUUUCCGUGAGUCUACCGUCCAGCCCGAGCUCGGAAAGUUCGUCCUUGCAAAGAGCCGUGAUGGCUAAACGGACUCGCAUCUACACGGCCGACCAGUUAGCGGCUAUCAAAUGGUCGAACAGUACUCCUACAUCGCCAACAACCGGCCAACCGGUAGUCAUCGUCGAUUGCCGGCCGUUUAUGGCCUACAAUGCGUCGCACGUCCGCGGUGCCAUUAAUCUCAACUGCUCGGACCGUUGGAACCGUAAGCGUCUGCAAACGGGCCGAGUGUCAUUGGCCGAUUUGGCCACCAGCCCCGAAGGCAAAGACCUGCUACGUCGCAGGACCGUGAAAGAAGUCAUCGUCUAUGACGACGGAGCUGUCGAUUGCGAACGUCUUCCGCCUUCCAGCACGCUCUACAUUGUCCUCUCCGCUUUGCUGGAUGACCACAAGGAACCAUUACUUUUAGCCGGUGGACAUUCUGAAUUCCAAAGACGUUAUCCGCACCUUUGCGAAAGUCAUCAGAACAUUUCCGGCGGAUCGACAAGUUCUCCUCUUUCAACUUCUUCCUGUUGUACAACAACGGCUGCCAGUAGUAGCAUGGCCGUGUCGCCGGAUGUGGAUUCCCACCCGACCACACAGAUUUUGCCCUUCCUGUACUUGGGUAACGGCAGGGACGCUUGUGAUUUGAGUAAACUCGACAGGCUGGGCAUUUCACGAGUGCUCAACGUCACGGCCGAUUUACCCUGCGAUGAGCACAUCGUUUCCCGAGGCAUUUUAUUCAAACAAUUGCCAGCCGCCGAUUCCGGCCAGCAAAAUUUACGACAAUAUUUCGACGAUGCAUAUCAAUUCAUAGACGCAGCUCGUUGUGGUAGCGGAUCGGUUUUAAUCCACUGUCACGCUGGCAUAUCCCGUUCACCGACCAUCGCCAUCGCUUACCUUAUGCGUCACGCCCAUCUGAGUUUGGUCGAGGCGUACACGAUGGUCAAGCAACGACGUCCCAUCAUAUCGCCAAACCUCAAUUUUAUGGGCCAAUUGUUGGAAUUUGAACAAGGAUUGCGAUCCGAUCCAUCAAUGGCUGCCACUAGCGAACAAGUGAAUUCUUUGUCGUCUUCGUCAUCGUCGGAUGUGACACCAUCAAGCACUUCCUCUUUGACCAAUGGCGACAUUAGUCCCGUCACUUCUUGCCGUCACUUACGUCAUUUACCGCCUUCACGCUGGGCGGCUCGUGACCAAUCUCCUUCCGAAAUGGAAUCAUCUAGCUGUCGUGUCUAAAUCAUUUUUUUUUUUUCUUAUCAGAAGUUUAAUUUAAAAUCAUUUAGUUUCUUUAUUUACUAUUGAAAAAUGUUUAUUGGGGGGAAAGAUCUCCCGUAAAUAUCUCUUAAUUCUUUUUGCUUGUGUUCGUCCUUCUCUUCCCUCUUUCGAUCGCCCUUUUUUUUUUUUCGUAUUCAAGUCAAAUUUAUGAUGCGUUCCUAGUCGAUGCAGCUACCCGUUUUGUUUGUCCACGCGGCUGAAUUUCUCAAAAAACCACAACAGUUUUAGAU